CCACGAGACAUUUUCAAUGGCGUCAUUGGAAAAUGAACUUUUCACACGCAUAUAUAGGUGUAUACAGGUUGUUGACAAUAACUAAAACAAUCACCUGCACAUUAGAUGAUCACUCCCGUAGUAAGGUCGUCGAUGCUGUGUAAAUAUAGUGCAUCAAAAUAUCGCAUUAGUAUAAAAUUUCCUAAAACAGCCUAAUGACGCCGAGAAUGUCUCUUAUCAGUUUUGGGGAGCUGGGGGUUAUGGCUGAGAUUGUAUCAUAUGUAGAACUGGGGACGGGGUACACAUGCCAAUGCAUAGGUAUAAGAAGGUGAUUAGCAUCUGCCUAAGCAUCACUUAGAUCGUAGUGCGUGUCCAUUGAAGUGCUCUAGUGAUUCUGAUUCUCUUUCCGUAGAUGAGGCUGUGCAUUUAUAGAUGAAUUAAAUUGCGUCCGAGUGAAAAGUAAAUCUGAAAAUCUCUUAUCACAAAAACGAAUCACAUCAUCACAAUUGUGAGGCGAGUGUCGAGUAGUUGGUGAAUUUAUAGCCCUGUGUACCCAUCUCACAAUUUCGAAAUGUGUUGAUUUUUGGACUAGAAGCCUUUAUAGUGAAAUUAUGUACUUUUGCAAUCCAUUUUUAUCUGGCGCUAUUUAGGAGCUGCUCAUAAGCCACUGGAUCUCAGUCUGCUAUCAUCACUCUGUGAUUAAUGAUGUGAUUUUAAGUUGCAAUACUUUUUAUUCUUGCAAUUCUUUUUUUGGAGAAAUAUACUUAAGCACAAAGUUUUGGACACAAUUCUUUUCUUUUUUCGCCUUUCCACUCUCACAGAAAAAGUUUAAUUUCUUCUCGAACGCUGAAGCUUGCUUAAACAAAUUAUGAAGUUAAUUAAUUUCUCAAGUAUCAAUCAUCAAUUUGUGGCAGUGUUCUGUGUGAACAUUUUAAGUUUGGCACAUGGAUCGGCCAUAGGUUGGCUAUCACCCUUCUUGCCCGUGCUCCUUUCGGAUUCCUCGCCACUGGUCACGGGUAAGAUUUCCAUGGAUGAGGCAUCGUGGAUUGGAGCUCUGCUCUGUGCUGGAGGAGUUUUUGGGUGUGCAAUUUACGGAUUUUUAAGUACGCGUUGUGGGCGUAAGACGACGAUCUUGUUGCUAGCUGUACCUCACAUAGGUUUCUGGCUCUGUGUUAUUUUCGCUGAUUAUGUGUAUCAUCUGUAUUUGGCCCGUUUUCUGGCUGGGGCUGCAGGAGCUGGUCUAUAUGUUGUCAUCCCGCUUUUAGUAGCCGAAAUCGCUGACCCAAGUAUUCGAGGACGACUAGGUGCUAUCCUACCUCUAGCUGUUAGCAUGGGCAUCUUCAAUGGAUUUGUCACUGGCACCUUUAUCCACUAUAAGUAUAUCCCCUUCAUUAUGCUUAGCUUAUCCGUCGUUUUUCUGCUCAGUGUCGUUGCUCUGCCUGAUACACCGCACAGUCUCCUCAAGGCCAAUAGGAUAACAGACGCUGAAGCAUCGUUUAGGUUCUACAGAAACAUUAGUGAGAAUGUCAUGGAUAAUAAGGCGAAGCAGGAGUUUGAGAGGAUCAGGGAGCAACAGUUAAAGAGUCAAACCAAUGAAGAAAAACUCCAAUUGAGAGAUUUCACAACGUCACCUGCAAAGAAGGCUUUCAUUAUUGGUGUAGGCCUGUUUUUGCUAACUCAGUUCUGUGGAGCCUUCGCCUUUGUCAAUUACACAGCUACAAUCUUUAAGGAAUCAGGAUCUGAGCUGGAUCCCAACAUAUCGUCAAUUGUCCUGGGAAUGGUGCAAAUCUUCGGAACCUACACAUCAACGAUCUUCGUUGAUCGAACUGGCCGAAAGACCUUGCUACUGAUAUCAUCCAUUGGGGCCUCAGCAGGGCUGAUACUCAUGGGCACAUAUUCAUUCUUCAAAUUCCAGGGGUAUGCCCUGACCUUCUUGGACUGGGUACCUGUGGUGACCCUAUCCCUUGUCAUCUAUAUCUCGUCAGUGGGCAUUUUAGCUCUUCCCUAUAUUGUUCUCACCGAGGUGCUUCCCUCGAAAAUAAGAGCUGUAGGAUCCAGUUUCUGUUUAGUCACUAUAAGUAUCUCAGCAUUUGUCAUCUUAAAAGCGAUGCCGAUCUUGAUGACGACAAUCCAACUUUUUGGCUGCCUGUGGCUUUUUGCAGGCUUUUGCAUACUUGGUGCCAUCUUCAUUGCUUUAGUUGUACCGGAGACCAAGGGCAAGGUUCUCGAUGAUGAUGUUCAGGUGAAUGAUAAGGAACUCCAACCGACAGUGUAAAAAUUCUCAGAGGAACACUCACACAGUGGAAUAGAAUAGACUGAUUAUUUAAUUUUAUAUUAUUACAUCGAAUUUAUGUUCAAUAGUUAAGAUAUUUAUGUAUAUAUAACUUAGGUAUCUAAAUGUAUUGCGCUAUCAUAUAAGUUUAGCUAAAUAAAUUUGUUUAUGUUAUGUAA